AGAACCAAAAAAUUAGAAUUUUGACUUGUAUAAGAAAAAGAACCGAAAAAACAUAAACCAGAUAGAUAUAAUAAUUCCAGAACAACGCACUACACACGACGACUCAAAUUCUCAAAACCAGUCAUUCCAGAUCUGCUUUAUGUGCUCAACUUCUAGAGCGAGAAACUUCUAGAGAGAGAGAAACCGAUGGACGAGAAGUUGAUACAGCGGCUGGAAUCCGCCGUAGCACGGCUGGAAUCACUAUCUCUUCCUUCACAAUCCCGAUCUAUCGACGUUGAUGCGGUUGCCGCUUCCACGGAUCCAUCGAUCAUCGCAUUUGAAGAUCUUUUGACGGAAUUCGUCGGCAAGGUGCUGAGUGCUGCGGAGAAGAUUGGAGGACAAGUUAAGGAGGUUACUGAUGUGCUUCAUGAGGCGUUUUCUGUUCAGAAGGAGCUUCUGGUUAAGAUUAAGCAUACUAAGAAACCUGACAUGGUAGGAUUGGGUGAAUUUCUCAAGCCAUUAAAUGACAAGUUAAUGAAAGCAAUUAGCCUGACAGAAGGAAGGCGGUCAGAUUUCUUCAACCACCAAAAAGCUGUUGCAGAGUCUCUAACAGCUCUAGCAUGGAUUGCAUAUGUGGGAAAAGAUUGUGGAAUGAGCAUGCCUAUUGCACAUGUCGAAGAAUCUUGGCAGGCAGCUGAAUUCUACAACAAUAAGGUUCUUGUAGAAUAUAGAAAUAAAGACUCGAAUCAUGUGGAAUGGGCAAGAGCUCUUAAAGAACUUUAUGUACCUGGAUUGAGAAAUUACGUGAAGACUCAUUAUCCGUUGGGGCCCGUUUGGAGUGCUACUGGAUCAGCUGUGUCUGCUCCACCGAAAGCCCCUGCUCCUCCACCCCCUCCUCCCGCCUCACUCUUUAGUUCCGAGCCUUCCCAGCCAUCUUCGUCCCGCCCAAAGGAAGGAAUGGCUGCCGUUUUUCAAGAAAUUAGUUCGAAGCCGGUUACUGCUGGAUUAAAAAAAGUUACAGAUGAUAUGAAGACCAAGAACCGUGCAGAUAGAGCUGGCUUUGUUAGUGCCAGUGAAAAGGAGGUUCGUACAAGUGUGCCAUCUGCUUCUAAAGUCGGACCUCCAAAGUUGGAGCUUCAAAUGGGUCGCAAAUGGGUUGUUGAGAAUCAAAUUGGGAAGAAGGAUUUGUUGAUUGAUAAGUGUGAUUCAAAGCAAACAGUGUACAUUUUUGGAUGCAAGGAUUCGGUUCUACAGAUUAAAGGGAAAGUCAACAACAUAACCGUUGACAAAUGCACUAAAAUGGGUGUUGUAUUCACGGAUGUUGUUGCUGCUUGCGAAAUCGUUAAUUGCAACAGUGUUGAGGUGCAAUGUCAGGGUACGGCCCCUACUAUUUCUGUCGACAACUCAGCAGGUUGCCAGUUAUACUUGAGCAAGGAUUCUCUAGAAGCUUCUAUAACAACCGCCAAGUCGAGUGAAAUUAACGUUUUGGUACCUGCCUCUGGUCCCGAUAAUGAUUUGGUGGAGCAUGCUUUGCCGCAGCAAUACAUUCAUACUUACAAGGAUGGACAGUUUGUAACAACCCCCGUCUCUCACUCCGGAGGCUAACUAACUAACUAACCAACCGACUCUUUUCACGUUAUUACAACUCGUUUAUCUUUUCAAAUACUCUUAUGGUGUUUCUUCUCGGGUGUGCAUGCAUUUAACAGAGGUGGUUUGCUUUUUGAUUGAAGGGUGCUUCAAGUUUUGGUUUCUUGAGUUGUAUUCCCAUACAUUGUUUCUCUAUAAUUGUGAUCAUACUAUAUUUCUUGUCCAUUACAUGAUUAAAUACCAAAAAUUAUGUCAUUCGGUUUUUAUUUU